AUGAAGAAGAAGAGGAAGAAGGCGGAGAAGAAGGGGGUGGACCGGGGGGUUGUGGUUGGGUUGGUCGGUUUGGUCGAUUUGGUCAAUUUGGUCAACUUGGUCAACUUGGUCAACUUGGUCAACUUGGUCAAUUUGGGCAAUCACCCCAAUGUCAAAUUUCAUUACAUUUCAUUUGUUAUUCCUCUUAUUUGA